GUCAAUAAAUUACAAUUAAUUAUAACAUUUUUUAUUAUUGUCUGUAUAAAAAAUAAAAUAGUUGUGAUAUUGAAGCAAAAGAAGAAUUAAGAAUUUGUACGUAUUCAAAUUAAAGUGUUUACAAAUGAAUUCUAUAGACGAAUUUAAUAUUGAGAAAUAUAAAGAUGAACAUGAAAGUGAUGAACAUUGGGAACUACGACGCAAUUUUUUAUUAGCUCAUCGAAAUAAAUUUGUAUUAGAUGAGCUUUUAUGCCUUGCUCAAACCUUUUCCAAUAUUGAAAUUUUAGGAUGCAAGUAUCCGUUAAAAGUAAUGCAAACCAUAUCCAACUUAUCUGUUGGAAUCGUAGAUGAUUAUAGGAAAAAGCAGUCAAAUAGAUUAAAAAGAACAUUUGUAGAAGCUUCCGAUGCAGCUGUUUCCAAGGUUAAAGGAAAGUUCAGUUCAAACAAUACUAAUAAACAAGACGAUUUAUCAAAACCAAAAAUCUCUGCACAGUCUAUACCCACAAGUUAUAAUUUAUAUAAGAAUUUCAAAAGAGAGCAUGAUCCAACUACAAAAGAGCAAUCUUCGGAAACAAAAAGAAAAAAAAAAGAUAUAUUUGAACAACCCAACUUCAAAGAUAUUAUUCUAUUUGAAUAUGUACAUGACCUACCGCAAAGUAUAAUAUCUAGAGCUGCUAUGAGUCGUGGUAUUAACAUAGAGUGGAAAUUUGACAAAAUUAAUAACAAUUAUAAAUGCAGUAUACUUUUCAAUAAAUGUCUGAUAGCCGAAGCUGUAGAAGCCAAUCAAAUAGCAGCAAAAAGAAAAGCAGCGACUAUAGCUCUUGAAAAAAUGCAAAAGGUCUAUUAUACAAUCAAAGUUACUCAAAAUUUAACUCCAACCGUAACGGAAGAUCUAUCGAUACAAGAAGAAGCAUCGGAAUCAGCAUCGGAUGCACUCAAUAAUGAUAACAUUGGUUCAAAGAUGAUGAAGAUAAUGGGAUGGUCAGGUGGUGGAUUAGGAAAAUCAUCUCAAGGUAUCACCGAGCCUGUUAAGGUUCAACAAAAAAUGACGAGAGAGGGUCUUGGAUUAGAACUUGGCUUUUACGAUAAACAACUAUUUAAAAAAAAGUGCUUGAAAGUAUUAAAAAAUUAUGCUCAAAGUGACAUUAUGACAUCAGACUUGGUAUUUUCUCCAAAUUUUACUAGUGACGAAAGAGCUAUGAUUCAUAAUAUGGCUAAAGGAAUCGGACUCAAAUCACGAAGUUAUGGCCCAAAAACGCAAAGAACAGUAACCAUUUUUCGAGAACUAAAUCAUCAAAAUCUGCUUCGUGAAUUAAAACAACUUGGUGGCGUUGCAGGAAAAUAUCAACUAAUUGAACCAACGCAAAAAAAAGUUAUUUAGAUAAAAAUUUGAUAUUUAUUAUAUUAUUCAAAUACAGGUA